AUGAGUGAAACUGUAGAAGAAGGGGGAAAAACAAGAUUUCUAAGAUGGUAUAUAUGUUCGGAGGCUUGUAGGAAUGCUUUCCUACAUUGUAGAAAGCUUAUAUGGGUUGAUGGUUGCCAUUUGAGAUCAAAGUAUGGUGGAUAUUUGUUGACUGCAACUGCCAUGGAUCCUAAUGAUAGGAUCUUCCCAAUUGCUUAUGCAAUAGUUGAGGGUGAAAACAAGGAAUCAUGGUCUUGGAUCUUAGCACUACUUAAGCAUGAUUUGGGUAUUGAUGAGGCAUCUGAAAAUAAAUACACCUUCAUUUCAGAUAAGCAGAAGGGUUUGCUGCCUACUUUUAGUAAAGUAAUACCAAAUGUGGUGCAUAGGUUCUGUGUAAGGCAUUUAUAUGCUAACAUGAAGGUUGCUGGUUUUCAUGGUAAUGCACUUAAGGAUACACUAUGGUCAGCAGCAAGAGCCACCACAGUAAACUCUUUUAAGGACUCAAUGAGGAAGAUCAAAGACCUUGACAGUGAUGCUUUUGAUUGGUUGGGAGACAAACAUCCAUCUGAAUGGUCCAGGUCACACUUUAGUAGUUUUGCCCUCUGUGAUAUCAUAGUAAACAAUGUAAGUGAGUGUUUCAAUGCAAUGAUAGUUAAGGCUAGGGAAAUGCCAUUGAUAAGUUGCCUUGAGAUGCUUAGGACUAUACUGAUGACAAGACUGUUUAAAAAUAAAGAAGAGGCAUCUGGAUGGACUUCAGUGAUUUGUCCUAACAUUGUUAAAAAUAUUGCAGCAGAAGAGAAAUUUGCAGGAGGGUAUAUACCCUUACAAUGUGACUUGAAUCUGUUUGAAGUGAAAAGAAUGUAUACAGGGGAGCAACACACUGUAGAUUUGGCCAGAAGAACAUGUUCGUGCAGAAAAUGGGAUUUGACUGGACUCCCUUGCAGACAUGGCAUUUGUGCAAUCUAG